CUAACUAAGCCUCCCCCGCGCUUGUCCUAAUUUGGGCAAGCGGGCCCUGGACGUGUCCAAAUGACGGCAUCAAUGAUGCUGCGCCUACCCGAUGCCAAAAUAGGUUCAAAAAGUUGUCCAUUUCUGCUUCUAGGGUUUAUUUUUUCGCGAUCUCCAUUUGCUACCAAGCUCCUUCUUGAUUCAACUCCCGACAGUCAAUUUCGCCGGUGUCAGAAAAUACUAAAUUCAUGGAAUCACCACUACCUUAAUAACAAGCUAAGGAACAAUUUGACAUACUUUCUUACAAAAAGGCAUUUGUUGGUAUUCGGCGACGACAACCGACUUCCUUUUACUACCUACGCGAAAGACGAAAAGGAAGAUCCGCGAACAAAAUAAGCUUAAGACGACAAAUAUAUCGUGUUUGGUGAUCUAAGCAGAUAUAAGAAGAAAGAUAUAUCGUCAAAUUCCUUCGAGGAUAUUGAAAAAGAACAAGAUAUCUUCCUUGGUCGAUCGAGCGGUGUAGCAAGAAAAAUCGACACAGAGAGAAUGUCGAAACGAACCAGCAGUGGCAGCAAUGGCGUUGCAUCCAAGACCAGUGCUACAGAAGAACCUUCAUACAAUAAACAGAAGGAUCUCCUAUCUUCAGCUACGGGCGGUCAUUUUUCGCUAUUGAAAGCCCUUCAUAUGGCAGACUACAUUACAGAACUAAAUGGAUUCUGCGGUAUAUCAUCCGUCUUCUCCUCCCUACGCUACUGCCUUGGCGACCCCGUGGACAAGACGAACCUAUACCUCGCGCUCAUCUUCCUACCCUUUGGGCUAUUCUUUGACUUCAUGGACGGCCGAGUUGCACGGUGGCGGAAGAAGAGCAGUAUGAUGGGUCAAGAGCUGGAUUCGCUGGCUGAUUUGAUAUCCUUCGGCCUAGCCCCUGCCUGCGUCGCGUUCAGCAUCGGACUUCGCACGCCCCUCGACCACGUUCUACUUACCGUCUUCGUGCUCUGCGGAUUAACGCGACUCGCACGUUUCAAUGUCACCGCUUCUAGCGGUAAUAUCCCCAAGGACGCAUCAGGCAAGGCCAGCUACUUCGAGGGUACGCCCAUCCCGACGACGCUCGGGCUCGACGCGCUUAUGGCUUGGUGGGUUAGCGAGGGCUGGGUUAUGGACCAAAUACCGGGAGGUGUUUGGUUCGAAGGCUCGGCGCUCGAAUUCCAUCCCGUCGUUGCGAUGUUCCUAAUCCACGGGUGCUUAAUGUGUAGUAAGACGCUACAUGUGCCGAAGCCUUAGACUUUGGGUUAUUCAUCUAACUACCCACCCUGACUACCUCUGGCCCUACGGGAAUUUACGCCAGGGAUUGGGGAGCGAGAUAUCCGUUAUGUACAUGUACGGCCACCUAGAUUUUUACCUCUCGUCUUCGUUGAUAAUAAGGUUGUUUUUGCGUCCGCGUUUUCUUUUCGGUCUCGGGGCGGGAGCGGAGGCAGGGGGUGUUGCAGGGUCGGCGGCUUGAUACCUACUUCUACUUAAAGUAAUGAUUAAGGAAUAUGUAUGGGAGAGGGCUUUGCAUGCAUGCGCAGCGUCUGUUGUUUUUUCCCUUCCGGUGUUUUUACGUUUGGGUGGCUAGGCUAAUUGGGAGGUUAAAGAAAAAGAGAGAGAAAGCUGAGACAAGAAGGAAAUGAAGAGAAGAAUGAGAAAAGGGGAGGAGGGACAAGAAAAAAAAGGAGAGCAAGGGAGAAGGGGUGUGGAUGUUGACGUUGAUGUAGCAUACGCAUGGCAAGCGGUUAGGUAUAGAUUGGAAUGAUAACACUCAUAGAGCGGUGCUUUCUGAUUUAUUCCACUCCAAAUGGUCUGGUUUAUCUCCAAGUGAUAUGAGAUAUAUUCAUUAUUGACGUCUUGUAUAGGGGAGGCGGGUGAGCACUCAUAUUCCACCAUCUAGAUAAACCAAUGUUUU